CGCUCCCCCCUCUUCUCCUCACCGUCGCGCCGUGAAGUGGAUGUUUUGGUGAAAAAAUACGGUGUCGAAAAGGGACCUAAACACAUUUAAAACAUGACAUUUCGACCGAGUGGGACCUAAGGCGGCGUAGCGGAGGGAAGAGGGCCGUCUGCCGCGAAGAUUUCGGUGUAUCUGUAUAUCGUAUUCUUCCGCAUGUCCGCUUUCUUCGUAGAUGGUCUCCGGCGAGCGUUGUCUAGCAGCGGACGACGAGUUCUCGACGAGUAAUAUGAAGGAGAUGAUCGGCGGUUGCUGUGUUUGCUCAGACGAGAGAGGCUGGGCGGAAAACCCGCUAGUCUACUGCGACGGACACGGUUGCAACGUCGCCGUGCAUCAAGCCUGCUAUGGCAUCGUGCAGGUGCCCACUGGUCCUUGGUUCUGCAGAAAGUGUGAAUCUCAGGAGAGAGCAGCCCGCGUGAGGUGUGAGCUGUGUCCCCAUAAAGAUGGAGCCCUCAAGAGGACAGACAACGGAGGCUGGGCCCAUGUAGUUUGUGCCCUUUACAUACCCGAGGUAGAAUUCGCCAACGUGUCAACUAUGGAGCCUAUAGUACUCCAGUCUGUGCCACAUGAGCGCUACAACAAAACGUGUUAUAUCUGUGAGGACCAGGGCAGAGAAAGUAAAGCAGCUACUGGAGCCUGUAUGACCUGCAACAAACAUGGCUGCAGGCAGGCCUUCCAUGUCACAUGUGCCCAGUUUGCAGGGUUGUUAUGUGAGGAACAAGGGUCGGACGCAGACAAUGUCAAGUACUGUGGAUAUUGCAAAUACCACCACAGCAAAUUGCGAAGGAGCAGGGGCCGUGGUAGUAGGUCUCAAAGCUUAAGUGACUCUUCCACUCAGUGUAUGGAUAGACCCCCAGACGAGAACAAGAAGAAACACAAGGAGCGGGACAGACAUAAACCGAAACACAAGAAGACCAUGGACAUGUCACCCUCCCUCGUCCUUCCAAACAUCAUGGUCCCAGACAAGACCUACAACACCAGCAGCUCAGGGGGAGGCGUCACCUCUCUGUCAGCACCCUCACAGAAGAGACUGGACGACGGCACCGCCCGUUUCACCACCGCUAACUUUCAAGAAGUGUCAGCCGUUCACUCCGGCGGCGGGUCCAAAGAUGGGAUGGCUGCAGACGCUGGGAAAGCAGUGUCUGAGGUGAAGAACAAGAAGAACAGCGGCGGAAGUCACGCAGCGGGACAGAGGGGCGGCCGCAAGUCUCUCACCUCCUCAGGGAAACCCCUCCCUUCUGCCGUGGUCACCAUGGCAACAUCCUCCACAUCUGCCUCUGCUUCCACGGGGCCUUUCCACCAAGGCCUCCUGUUGACCAGUGCCAGCAAGACUCCCUCUGCUCCUUCCUCCUCUGACUUCCUAAGCUUCUCAGAUUCAUCGUUGCGUCCCGGGGGUGGGACUACCUUCUCCUCCCCGCCAUCUUUCAGCAGCUGCCUUGUGAAGCCGAGCUCGGAGGGCGGAGCUUCAGAGGGAACUACGACACUUUUCGGUUCUCUGAUGUCCGCCACUACAGCGUCUGCAGUGGGCGGGAAGCUGUAUGAGAAUUCCCAUAGUCACACAGCUAGUGAGGCGACAAGCCUCGGUGGGUCCGCUGGCUACAAACGGCCCCAACCCUCCAGCUCAGGCCCGGGGAUCGGAGGAGCAGCGGCAGGAGGAGGGGAAGAUGGGGUGAAGAAGAAAAAGAAGGGCAACUGGCGAAACAGAUUUGGACCUUGCUUCACCACGGAUGUGAAGCCUUCGGAGCCAGCUCCCUCCCUGACUCUCCCCACCUCCUCCACAGCCAACACCGCCUCUUCCACCGCCUCCCCGUCCUCCUCUUCAUCCUCGACACUCUCAGGCCGGCCGGGCUUAGUUUCCAGCAGUGGAUUAGGAGUGGGAGUGGGGGGAGGAGGAGGAGGAGGAGGAGAGAGGGGGCUUGGGGUCAUGGGUGUCAGUGGUGGGAUUCAGAAGUCCCCGUCACUCCUCAGGAAUGGGAAUCUGCAAAGCAACAGCGGCUCCACGACCACUGGGCCAGGUGUUUUCUCUGGUGCGGAUGGGUCAUCGUCGGGCACGGGAGCUGUCGCCGUGGGCGUAGCCAGCUCUGAUUUGUCCCAGCAGCAGCCCACGCCUUCUCUGGCCCCUCCCUCUCCAUUCACUGCCACCGCACCGCUAACCAGCACAGCCUCCACACACGUGAGCGGUCUGCCAGGGUCAGUCUUCAACCUCGCUCCCUCCCACAUGUUUGGAAACAGGCUGAACCCCAACUCGGCCAUGGCGGCACUCAUUGCCCAGUCCGAGGCCUCACCAGCAGAUCAGGAGGUGGGAGACGGCAGCAGCGGCGUCGGAGCUCAGGGCUUCUCCAUAAGAGCUUCUCCCAAGACCACCCCGCGCUCUCCCAUUGGUGGCCUGCAGAUCCGCUAUGACUCCUCGGGGUCGUUGCCGGGGCCGGGGUUGCUAGGGGCGGGGGGAGCCGGCGGGGAGACGAUGCCCCCGGUGGCCACGAGCAUAGAGCAGCUCCUGGAGAGGCAGUGGAACGAGGGGCAGAGCUUCUUGCUGCAGCAAGGAGCGCAGGGAGACGUGGUGGGCAUGUUGAAGUCCCUCCACCAGCUGCAGGAGGAGAACCGGAGGCUGGAGGAGCAGAUUAAAACUCUGACUAUGAAGAAAGAGAGAUUGCAGCUUCUCAGCGCUCAGCUAUCAGUGCCUUUCACCCCCACCACGGCCUCCUCUGAUGUGAAAGGAGCUCACCUGGGAGCCACUGACUCAUCUUUACCCGUGGCAGCUCAGGACAGUGCGUCAUGUGGCGGCCACAGCAGUAGCGGCUCCACAUCCUCUCUCUCCACCCCUCCUUCCAUCUCCCAGAGCCCGCCCCAGCCGCAGCUGAACGGCGUCGCUGCUGUCGGAUCGGCCUCAGCCGGGCUGGGCGGGGUGGCGGGGCUGAUGGGGGCUCUGGGUGCAGGGAGCGCAUUGGGUAUGGGGGGAAUUGUCGGGGCGCUGAACGGGGUGAUCCAGACACCAGCAGGCAUCGCCAGCCCUCACACACACACUACUGGAGCGGUUACGGGCGUCACGUUACCCGUUAAUAAUAGCUCAGCAACUAGUAAGAACAGCGCUGCGCGGCUCGGCCUGAUGUCUGAGCAGCAGCGACUCCUCCUGCAGCAUCAUCAGCUCCAGCAGCUGCUGUCCUCACAGCCUUCAGCGGAGCAUCAGCAGGUGUUGCUCUACCAACUAUUGCAGCAGCAGCAGGACCUCCAGCAGCUGCAGUCCCUCUCCUCCUCUGCCCAGAUUCCCUCCAUCCCGCUCUCCUCCGCUCAGCUGCCCAUCAGCAACCUGCUGCCCAGCGCCCAGAGCCAGGGCCAAGGCACCAUCACCGCCAACCCCUUCCUGGCGCUGCAGCACGCACACGCUGACACGCACGCCUCGGGGGCACAGAAGCCGCGGCUAGCUGAGAAGGCCGUGGGCGUCGCAGGGCAGGAGAAGACAUGACGGCAGAUGCUCUUUUGCCUUUUUGGUUGUUUUCUUUUUUAAAUAAAUAUGCAGAGUUUUCGGGAGAUCAGCCUCUUGGUCACCUUUGUAGUUCAGUGCUGAGAACAUUGGCAGCAGAGGAAUCUGUGUCCUGUGGUAGAUUAUUCUUUCCAGUUGUCUAUGCUAAUUCAUUAGCAUAGAGUGAUAGCAUUUAUUUGCUGUCACUAGCUCACUCUAGCUGAUCUUUUCAGGUUUAUUUUUGCAACUUUUUCAGGUUACAGUCUUAACACAGCAUUUUUUGUUUUUUGUUCUAUUUAUUUCCAUCCAGUUUUUUUUUUUUUUACUUUUUAUCUUUAGUGCUGCUUCAGGUUUUAUUUUAUCACUGUUGUGAUAAUGAUUUUCAUUUGAUAUCACUGGAGGCAACUUAGUGCGUUAGUGUCAGUAAGUGAGCACAUGCUGUGUCUGUUCUCUUCUCUCAACAGGCGAGUUGACUAACAGGUCAGCUUUUCCUUUAAUUAGUUUUUCUUGAUAUUUUCUUCUCUAAUCUCCUCAUUCGGCGUCUUCUUCACGUUUCUUCUUUCUCUUGUCACUGUCAUGUUUUUGCAUCAUUUCCUCUCUUUUCCUUUGUCUCCAUCCUUUCUCCCACAGCUUCAAAUCCUCCACACUCGCACCCCUCUCGGUCUGGUCUCUCUGCUGUCUCACUCUCUCAGGGGCCUCAGCUAUCAGAGUUGUGCACUCAAGCUGGCGCACACACACACACAGAACUUCAAGCGUAAAAAGAAAAAUAGCAGAAAUACAUGAAUAUAAAAAAUAAACUACAAUUCCCUACCACAGGACUUAACAGUAGCAGAUGUAUGUUUGACAUCUGUCUCGCAGCGGUCCCGAGGGGAAUACUGGGUGAGAGGCUUGUGAAAAUAUCCCACAUGUUCUCACCGUUGCCUCUCUUCCCGUGUCUCUUUCACUCCGUUUGUGUAGAUCCAUUAAUGUCAGUGAGCCAAGCCUCGUACAGUCACCGCAGAAGCCUUGCUUUUGACUGUCUCUUCUCUGGGCCAGAUACAGGGGGCUCACUCAGGGAAGUGAAAUGUAAAAAAAAAAAAGGGAAAUAAAUAUAUAAAAAACAGCAAGUUAAAUGCUCAGAGGGAUACAUCAGUCCACAUGGCACACACUCACAAAGAUAAAUGAUUCAGUCGGUUGUCAGCGCGUGGAAGUCAUUACAUUUCAUCUUCUUGAUUGAGCCCCCCGCUGCACCUACCUCUUGAGCAGGACCAGCCUAUCAGGACCUAAAAGGCCGACAGCAGCGGCCGCUCAAAACCCGCAACAGUCAGGACUGGCCAAUCAGGGUCCAAACCCAAGUGCCUGAGGCCAACAGGGGUUUAUUUUCCUUUUACCUGUGUCCCCGUCAUUGAACAACGCUGCUGGUAAUUAAGCUGCGUCGCAUAGGCAACAGAUUACAAAAAAGAAAAGUCAGGCUGGACAUGCCGUCUCUUUAAUAAAACCAGGAAAUAUUAUUCUGCUGCAUUCUCUAAUAUCAAAGCCAACUUUGUUGUUUGCUUUUUAUUUAUUGGGAGUUUGUGUAACGGGCAAAAGAUGAUAUAUUUUAAAAGCCUGCUGGUGUUGCAAUUUAACAUCAUUUUGUACUACUGUGUAAAGUUUUGUUUGUUUUGUUUGUUUUUCUUUCUUCCUACAGUUGAAUCAUGCUGUAAACCCUUUUAAUGACUUCUAUUCUGUGUUGUGUUUGAAAGCUAGAAGCUACUUGAUAGUUGGCUGAUUGGGGGGUGUGGUUGUAUAUAGUUUGUAGGGGGGAGGAAGUGUGUCAGGGGGGUGUUCAGUGGCACAGUUUUUACCUCGUUAAGUGUACAUAGACCUUUCUCAUUGGCCGUUGGUGUACAUAAGUGAUUGUGAUUGGCCGUGCUGGUGUGAAGGAAAGCCAAUGAAGCCUCAGUUUGUGUGUGUGAAUCUUUAGCACCAGACAAAAAGGUUGACAGUGACUGGACACACAAAGUAUUAAUUUAUUUUUAUAUGUUCAGGGACAUUGUGUUUCUUUUUUAAGUUUUGCACCAUUUUCUUGAUGAGAAGUCAUUUUAUACUUGGGGCACCGUGUUUUCAUCUGUGCACACAUUUCUUUGGAUCAGUUUUGUACAAGUGGACAAUAAGAAGGGGGCAGGGGAUUUGACAUUGUAUUUCAAAACACCAAAAUAAAGAAACACUAUGGAUAAAGUAA